AUGGAGGUUGACAAUGCUUCUCCAACAGGCCAGUCUGCCGUAGUCAGGGACAAGACAGCACCAUUUCUUAUUCGAACAUUCGUGAAAAUUGGAAGUUUCCAUCGUCUUUCAUUAUUCGAAGAUGCGACACUUCCAACAACGGACGAGCAGCAGAUUUUUACUUGGAAAGACGCUACACUAAGCGAGGUGUUAACAACUCUUCGAGAAACUGCACCCCAUGUUCCCGAAUACCGCCAUCCUCUGGCUCGGUUCGCCUUUCGUACAGUCUACGCUGAUUCUGGCAACAAAGGGAGAUUUUCACAAAAGGAACUCGGUUUGGUGUAUUCUCGAGACAUCCUAGGUGAGCCAGGCACCCUCACCUCAAUAGCGCCUCGUCUUCUUGAAGAAGCCGAUAACGAAAACCGAGAGCAAACACACCGUGAAAAGGAAGAACGUACGCUUGAUGAGCUUCGAUUUGUGCCAGGGGAUUUCCUUCUUCUCGCGGUGCUGCUGCCCAAAAAUGUCACAAUGGGUAGCGAUCUUUCAAUCAAAGGCUCUGCAAACGCGUCUGCUCAAAACGGACCUGGAUGGAAAACCGGAGGCGAUGGAGGCUGGGGUAAACCUCCUGCUCCUUCCAUCGGAGGGCCUCUGCUUGGUAGAGGUGGUGGCCAUUGGCGAGGUGACUCAAAUGGUAGAGGAAGAGGAGGAGGUAGAGGAGGAGCUCGUGGAGAUGACAGAGAUGAUCGGAUUCCUCCUCCAAGGUCACCUAGAAGAGCAGGAGGACGCGGUUGGGGAGACCGUGGCGGGAGAGGUGGCAGGCGUAGUCCUCGUUCGCGUUCCAGGAGUCCUCCACGACGACGUGGCCCAGCGUAUGACUGA